AUGCCCAGUCACCCGCACAACAUAUGGCACCUUCAACCUCUCAAGAUUUCCCUGGCCACCAACCCAAACCUACCAGCUCCUCAACCUCCACUGCAGCAACCACUGAACCAGGGCUUGCUACCACCCAGUUGUCAUUCGGGUCAAAUUCAAAUCUGUCCAUAA